AUGAAAGAUAUGACUUUGGGGCAGUUAAGCGGAGAGCUUUGUGCUGCAGAAUUUUUCACCAUUCUUUCUGAUGAAUCCAAAGACACAAGCAAAAAGGAACAAGUCGUUGUCGCAGUCCGAUAUUGCUUCAACAACGCUACCCAUGAGGAGUUAAUUGGCAUCGCAGAAGCUCAAAGUUUGGAUGCAGAUGGUUUAUCAGAUACUAAUAUCCACCAGUUGCAAAGAGUUAAUGCCAACAUGAAAAACUGUGUCGGACAGGGUUACGAUGGCGCAUCUGUUGUCUCCGGUCACUUAAACAGAGUUCAAAAGAAAAUCCCUGAGAAAACUGGCGCAGAAAUGGCCUAUUAUGUCCACUGCUUUUGCCACAGGUUAAACCUGGUAAUUGUUGACGUGUUGAAUUCUAUCAAGUGCGUGGCCAAUAUGACAUCUCUUUUUAAAGAUUUACAUUCAUUCUUCAGCAGCAGCACCGUUCAUGUUAGGUGGGAGAGCAAGCAGAAAUCGUGUGGAGCAAAGGUUAUGGAGAUUGGUAAAGUCUCUGACACUCGAUGGUCGUGCCAAGCAAGGCAAUUCAGCGCUGUAUGGAAACGCAUUGAUAUCGUGAUUGAAGUAUUGCAGGAUGUGAUCCACAACGAUUGUGACUCUAGCCGUAGCACUCAGGCAACUGGCUACAAGUUGCAGAUUGAUUGUCGUUUUCUUCGAUAUCUCCUGAUCAUUAAACAUAUCCUGAAGAGUGCCAAAUUUGCUUCAGAGCUGUUGCAGAAGCCAACAAGUGAUCUGACAGAAGCCAUCGACCUAAUUACCACGUUGAAAGUAGAGUUACAAGCCUGUUGCUCAAGAGAGAAGUGUCAGGAGUUCUGGGAUGAUGCUGAGAAUGUGGGCGAUCGCUUAAAUCUUCCUGAGGAUGCACGACCUGUCAGACAAAAGCGACCACCGGCGGCCUUGCAGGAUUACAUUGUUGAGGCAAGCAUUGAAGAUGAAGCUACAGGUGAGGGAUUCGAUAGAUUUGUAAGAGAUGUCUACGAGAUUGUGGAUAAAACUAAUGCUGAGUUGAGGAAUCACUGA